GUGUCCUGAUUACUUAUGCAGUCAAGUUUAUCAAAGGCAUUUAGUGUGGAUGUGAAGUAUAACACUUGUAAUGUUUCUUUAUUGAUGAGUCAUUGUUUAUUGACCUAGUUUUGAGACAUCAUAUAUGUAUGUUUUUAUAUAUUCCUCUUGUGUUCCAGAAAGUUCUACCACAAUACUGAUAAACUGAGUGUAACAAUCAUUUUAAAAGUGUGGAUUGUUUUUGUGUUUUCCAGAAUGUUCUCUAUAUUCAUAGUGUUACAUGAAAGUUAUGGAACUUUCCAUGAUAUAUUAAAUAGAAAGCUGGCUCAAGACAGCGGAGAAUCUUCAGUUAAAAUAUUGUUAAAAGCUCUUUAUUUCUUAAUAACAAAAUAUUACCAGUUUGACAUUUGAAGGAUUUACAUUAAAAUUGUGGAUUUUAAAACUUAUCUUUGAAGAGAGGAUUUAUAUUCUUUGAAUGUACUUAAGUUGGGAAAUAUUGUGGAAUUUAUACUGAUUGGAUUUGAAUUUGACCAAGACAGAAUUUUGACUAUUUUUGCACAUUAGAUUACAUUUUACGGCUAUGUGAUAUGUUUAAGGUAAAGAUGGAACUUCUAGCCAAGAGAAAUGGUUUAUACAAUAGAACAUUAGUAUGCACACUUUUACUACUAAUGUUUAUUACCAAAAUUGCAAACAAUAAGGAAACCGGAAAUUCCAAACUAAAACUGAAACAAGCGGGAACUCUAACCUGUACGGAUCUUGUUCUGUGCGUGCAGAAAAUAUCGAUUGCUAGUAAAAUCCUGUCAUGUUUUCCAAAUUGUGUGCUACAAAAUUACACAGAAUUUGGAAAUCAUGACAAUAUUUCAUCAGUAAUCGAGGUAAUAACUAUUCAACAGAAACGGGAAAAUAAACUCCUCGGAUGUUGUUGGGACAUUAUCAGGGAUAUAUCGAUCCUCAGAAGGAAACAAAUACGAAGAGAACAAUACACAGGCUUAAUUUCCUACUGGAAUUUAAAUGACAAAAAUACUACAGCAAUAUUGAGGAAGGAAUAUUCAAUAAUAGAUGUAAUUUCAUACAUAAUAGUUCUAUUUGCAACUUUGUAUACAUGUACUAAUUCAACGUUUUACUAUCAAAAGCCUGAACAUUUGUCAAUAUCAAAAGAUAAAAGUAAAACUCGAUAUUCUUAUGACUAUAUAUUUCAUCUAGGAAACCAGACUGUUUUCGGAUUAAAGGUUUAUCAUCUUUCGCUGAAACAAUACUUGAAUGAAAUAAACAAAGAAAGUGACAAGAAUGUCAAACGUAUGUAUCAUGAAUGGGCUAGGUACGAAUCAUUCAAAACCUUCCCAAAAGACUGUGCAGUAUCAUUUCUGCGCUUAGCACAAGCUGGUUUUUAUUACACUGGGAAAGGGGUGAAGACCGCUUGCUUUUCUUGUGGGUUAAAGAAUGAAAAGUGGACAGGUAAUGAAUCGGUGAUUGAAUUACAUAAAAGACUCUCACCAAAAUGUAAGUUUAUAAAUGGAGAGAGAACUGAAAAUGUUCCAAUUCAUGGAAUCGAGAAAUCGGAACAAAACCAAUCUGGCGGUGCAUGUGGAGGUCCCGAGGAUUUGUCUGCAAACAAUAUAGUCAGGGAAACGGAUCAAAGAGAGCAUAUAGAACAUAGUAGCGAAAUAACAAGAACUGGAAAUGAAGUGCCACAGGAAACGGAACAAAAUUUAGAACCAACAAACACAACUCCUGGUAACAGUUACCCGAACCCUGCGGAAAAUGAAAGGCAUUCCAUACUUCAGAAUGGAUAUUCAGGACAGCAUUCGGAAUACCGUCCGACAGAAGAGAUUCAGCAUUUCCCUGGAAUAACAAACGAACAACCAAAGCAUCCCGAUUAUGCAACUAGGGGCGUAAGACUCUCAUCGUUUUCGCAAUGGCAACUGGGUCACGUGAUGAAACCGGAAGAUUUAGCAGAAGCAGGAUUUUUCUUUUGUGGAAUGCAAGAUUUGGUGAGAUGUUUCUUCUGUGGUGGUGGAAUGAAAAACUGGGAGUAUGGAGACAGUCCCUGGAUUGAGCAUGCUAGAUGGUUCCCGACGUGCGCAUAUCUAAAACAAUGCAAGGGAGAAGACUUUGUAAAUUUGUGUCAGAUAUCAAAUAUGACUUUUCCGACACAGACCAAUUUUCAACUGCGAGAUUUAGAUUCACAACAAGCAAACAUUGUUGAAGACCAGUACAUUACAGAUUUGAACAGUAUUGCCGCUAAACGUGUUCUCGACAUGGGGUACAUGCAGACACAGGUCGAAGAUGCAAUCAGGAACAUAAGGCAACGUAUAGGUCCAAAUGAAGAACUGAAAGCACAAAACAUAUUAGAGUAUCUUCUGGACAACAGUUAUACAAGAUCUAAUGCAUCUGCUACAAGAACGACGACACAAGGACAGCAGAGCAACACCACUCACAACAGAAGUCAAUCAUCUUCUCCAAACACGCGUCAGUCGGACCAGUCUAAUGUCUCCAUAGAUACAACCGAGAGAACUUCGCCAGAACGAUCUCCAGACAAAACACCAAAAGCAACAAAAGAUGAGAGAAAGACAUUGAAGGAAGAAAAUCGACAUCUGAAGGAACAGAUGAUGUGCAAAAUUUGCAUGGAUAAAGAUGCAAAUACUGUGUUUCUUCCAUGUGGACAUUUGGUGUCGUGUGUUGAAUGUGCGCAUGCGCUAAGAAAAUGCGCCGUUUGUCGCACAGUUAUUCAGGGGACAGUAAGAGCAUAUCCGGCAUAAUAAGAGUGUAAAUAUCAACUUCAAAACCUCUAGAAGGAUGAGAAAUAAUGGUUGCAAAACCUUAGCAAUUCUGUUGGAACAAAUAUCAGGUCAUGAAAAUGAACAUUUUUUAAUUAAAAUGCUUCAUGUUAUAACAGUAAUAUUGUGUCUGUGUAGCAUUAUAAAGUGUGCAUUAUUUUUAUAACUGUACGUUCUACAUUCAAAAUUGAAUAAUUUACAACGCACUUCUUCAAAUGUUUUCACCUCUUUAGGUUUUAGUGGGAGAAGCAGACCCUACGUGUUACAGUAUUAUUUCUGACACAAGUGGG